AGCAACGCGGAAUGGCGUUUCAGUGCUGGGUUCCUUAGACCCCGUGCAGACCCUGCUGAGCCUUCAGCAUCUAACUUCCAUGGAGCUGAGGAGCACACUGCCAAGAAAAGAUGAUGAGCUCCAGGGGCUGACCAGCGGCUGUGCUUCCCAUGCGUCUCCUUUAGAGGUGAAGAUUUGAUAGUUUCACCCUUUCCAGGAAAAUUCACUUAUCAGGUGCCAGCACUGACUGUGGAUGAACAGGUUUCCUACAUCCAAAGACUGGGCAAGUAUGUCAGCUGCUCUCCUCUCCCUAAACUCACUCCCUUCCCUGUCGCAGAACUGAGAUUCACACACACUCUCUCUCUCUGUCUUUCUGUUUCUCUCUGUGUGUCUCCCACUCUCUUUCUGUUUCUCUCUCUCCACCCCCACUACCUUGUUGCUGUGUCAUGUGGCCUGCUGGCUCAGUAAUUCCGUCUGUGCAGACAGGAGAGAAAGCUAAGUAGAGAGUCAGAGCAAGAUCUAGAAGAAUCCUUUACAUAGAUGCCAAUAAGAAAGUGACCCCCAGACAGGACAUUUUAAAGCAGAAAAAAGAGAAAGCACUGGAAAUGUGAGAGCGUGGAGAAAGGAAAGGGGUAGGGUACAGGGAGUUUCACUGAGUCUAUGUGACCCCCAGGCUCUGUGUUUUACAUGUUAUAUUCCCCUGUGUCUAAAAAUGUUCUCCUAAGCAUCGGUUUUGUUUUGUUUUUGCUUAAUGUUGUGUCGUUUUGUUCGUCGCAGCUGACAUUUGAUAAUGUGUGUUGUGUAAGACAGUCUGCACUUUGUACAACUAACCCACAUCUUCCAUUUCAGCACAGGCUGGCACGUUUCGCUCCGAUUUUGUGGAGUACAGGAAGCAUAUCGCUGUAGAUGUACAUGUAUGAGUCAUAAGCCCAUAAAAGCAGUUUCACACUGUGCUUAAAAUGGUCAAAAAGCUUGGUUUUGGGACCAAUAUGUUAUCUUCUCUAAGACCACUACUAGACAUUUGGACUCUCAAACGUUUAGAGGAUUAACCAUAUUAUUUUUACUAAUAUUGAGGGAGUUAAAAUAGUCUAAGCAAUUAAAUUAGGUGUAUUAUUCCGAUAUGAGAUGAUAAUUUAUACUCCUUAGGAAUCAGAAAGGAAAAAAAAAAUCAACCUCUUUUCUCACUAAAUGGAAACUAGUAUCAUUUCUGACUUUUAAUGUAGUAGGAGAAGAAUGGAAUGAUUUUCAACCUGCACAUUUUCUGCUCAUGAUGUUAGAAAAGUCAUUUUCUUUGAUAGGACCUGUAGCUCUUUUUUAAGAAAUGGAUAAUAGCAUUUGAUUAGCCAAAUAUAGAGGAGUGCUCUGUAGUACAUGCGAUAUAAUGGUGAAAUUCUCACCUUUAAACAAAAAGCUCUUUUGUAAUUUAUCAAAAAUAAGUAACCAUAUGAUGAGAACUAUGAUUUGAAGUUGUUCUUCAUGUCCACUGAAAUUUCACAAAUAAUUUUUAUUCCAAUUUAAGAUACAUUUAUCAUCAGCAUUAAAGUUGCUGUGAAAGAGAAUUGAUUUGACCUCAGAAUUUUUAUAUAAGACCAUUUUUAUUUUCUCCUUGCUCCCAUUUGAACAGGCAUAUUUCGCUGGCCAAAAUGGGACAUAAGAAUUCCAGCACCAUCACUGAGCUGGUCCUUGUGGGAUUUUCCAAUCAUCCCCAAAGUGAGACACCCCUCUUCUUCCUGUUCUCUCUGGCCUACUUAGCAAAUUGUUUUGGAAACACAGCUGUCAUCACUUUUGUAGUUCUGCAUUCCCCUCUCCAGACACCCAUGUAUAUCUUCCUUUGUCACCUGGCCUUUCUCAACAUAUUUUUUAGCACAAUCGUGGUCCCCAAGAUGCUCCAUAACUUCCUUGCAACCAGGAAAGUCAUCUCUUACAACUUCUGCCUCACUCAGACCUACAUCACCUUAUUCCUGGAGGUGACUGAGUGCUUUCUUCUUGCAGUGAUGGCACUGGACCGCUAUGUGGCCAUUUGUUUCCCGCUGAGAUAUCUGCUCAUCAUGAACACGUCUGUGUGUGUGGCGCUGGCUCUGGGAGCCUGGACCACAGGCUUUUUUGCUUCAGUGGUUCCUCUGUUCUUCACAGUCCUCCCACUCUGUGGUCCUUAUGUUGUUGACUAUAUUUUCUGUGAACUGCCCAUCCUUCUUCACAUGUUCUGUGCAGAUACAUCCCUGCAGGAGGCCAUGAUGCUUGCAGGAGGGGCUGGAACAGUGUUACUCCCCUUCCUCCUCAUUAUUCUCUCCUACCUGCGCAUCCUGGUGGCUGUGAUGAGAAUAGACUCAGUUGAGGGCAGGACAAAAGCCUUUUCAACCUGCACUUCCCUUCUGACUGUGGUGACCAUAUAUUAUGGAACAGGAUUAAUCAGAUACAUGAGGCCCAAGUCCCUUUACUCAGCAGAGGGAGACAAACUGAUCUCCUUGUUCUAUGCGGUCAUCAACGCUCUGCUGAAUCCUUUCAUUUACAGCCUGAAGAACAUGGAAGUGAAGCAGGCUAUGGGAAGAGUUACAGGAAAAUACAAAAAUAAAAUUAAAUCACAUACUAGGAUGUGUAGAAGUUAAAGACAAGUUUGUAUUUUUAGCAUAGUCACAUCCAAAUUCUAUGAAACUAACCUCCAUCACAAGAAAUCCCACUUAGGCAAACUUGCAGAAUAAGAUGGUCAUUCAGUUUUUACAAAUCCCCCCCAAGUGUUUUCAAGUCAGAUUUCUCCUCUCUGUGAAUACACAUUUAUUGAUAGUCCUUUGUUAAGUGUUAAAAUAUUGCUAUGUCUGGGGCAGGCAUGGUGGCUUAUGCCUGUAAUUCCAGCACUUUGGGAGGCCAUGGUGG